CCUCUCCACUAGUUGUCGAUCCCCAGCCCCAGGAGCAAAUGAGAUGAAUUGUCGUGUUAUACCUGCUUAAAGGCGCCGCUGGUUUGUGUGAAAAGCUCAGCCUGCUCACGGGAUAGGUGAAAAUAAAUAUUUUUAUCCUUAGUAGAAAGUUUAAAAAGUGCCAAAUAGUUAAAGGAAGGGGGCAGAACUAAACGAUGAAUGAGGAGAAGAGUCUUUGAAUGUAAAGCUGACAAUCUGAGAGCGGAUUAGAUCCCACUGCGAGGAAUCAGAGCGUGUGCUGUUGUGAAAGAUGCGGAAACAACAUCAGAAGCAACAACAAUCUGGAUUUUGAAACACUGUGAUAUUUACAUGCACUGGCAGGAGGAUGUCUUGGCUCAGGAGAAGAGUGAAAAUUCUCCAGAUUGGACGCAAACACACUAAAGUUUUCUUUCUGGGACAGUUUCAGGGCUGUAAAUCGGAUGAUUUUUGCACCGUUCCUCGGAUCUAACGGGUUUGGUUUGGACCUGAAUCACCAUGUCAAAAGUCAUUCAGAGGAAGAACCACUGGAUCACCAAAGUAAACGAGUGCACGGUCAUCCGGGACGCGUACGGAGAGCUGAAUGUAGAGCUGCGCGGCGGAGCUGAGAAUGGAGAGUUUCCAUACAUCGGGCAAGUUAAAGAGGAUGCUGUGCUUUAUCAGGACGGCAAACUUAGCGAAGGAGAACUGCUCUUGGAAGUCGAGAGGGUGUCUGUGUCUGGAUUACCACUGUAUGACAUUUUUACUGUGAUCGGUUGCUGCAAAGGUCCCGUAAGAUUGAAAACUGUGCGCCAAGGUCACAAGCUCAACAAGGAUCUGAAGCACUACCUGAGCUUGAGGUUUCAGAAGUCUUCCCCUGACCACGAACUGCAGAAGACAAUCCGAGCCAACUUGUAUCGUCAUGCUGUGCCUUGUACAACCCGCCCCCCUAGAGACGGAGAGGUCCCAGGGGUGGAUUACAAUUUCCUGUCUGUGGAGGAGUUCCUAGAACUUGAGGAGAGUGGCACGCUACUGGAAAUAGGAACAUAUGAAGGUAACUAUUAUGGGACCCCCAAGCCGCCAAGGCAGCCCAUCAUUGGGACAGUGAUUCUCAGUGAUGCAGGCUCCCAUCAGUCCACCCCAACACGCACCAAGUCCUACAAUGACAUGCAAAACGCCCGCGUAGUGCCUGCUGACGACGACGAUGACGACCAGGCCACGGAAAUGAACAACAGUUUUACAGGAUCCUUAGUACGUAGUCUCUUUCCCUCUCCUUUGCUGUGCGCAGGUAACCCUAACGACCAGGAUGAGAGCCGCAGCGGCAUUCUCCGGCCGUACCCUGCACGUGACAGUGCUCUAUCCUGUGGUCUGAACAAUGCGGCCACCUCUACCGCAGAAAGCGGGCAGCAAACCCUUGCAGAACCGCAGGUCUCUCCAGAAGACCCGCUGGGACCACUGCCUGAAAACUGGGAGAUGGCCUAUACUGAGAAUGGGGAACUUUACUUCAUAGACACGGCAAAGGCACAACACCAGGACAUGGCUGUGUAUUUUCAGAGCUUCCACAAUACAAAGACCACAUCAUGGCUGGAUCCUCGGUGUAGAGACAGAACCUCCAGACCGCUGGAAGAGUGUGACGAUGAUGUCCUUGGAGAAGAAGGGAUACAUACAGAAGACCUGGAGAGUGAUCUAGAGCUGCCUCCAGGAUGGGAGAGGAUAGAUGACCCAGUGUAUGGGGUGUACUAUGUAGAUCAUAUAAACAGGAAGACUCAAUAUGAGAACCCGGUGGUGGAGGCGCGGCGUCGAAAAAUCCUUGAGCAGCAGCAACAGCCGCAGCCUCCAGAAGGUGAGCGGUAUAUUCGAGAGUGGAUAGAGGAGCACUCCUCUGCAGCAGCUCCAUUGGCAAACUACGCACCAAACCAUCUGGAGACCUACAGGGAACCACAGGUCCCACCAACUCUACCUCCUGGCCCUACAGGAGUCAAACGGGGGAAACCUUUCUUUACAAGAAACCCAGCAGAGCUGAAAGGAACCUUUAUCAACACGAAGCUGAAGAAAAGCUGCCGUGGCUUCGGUUUUACUGUGGUUGGAGGAGACGAGCCAGAUGAGUUUCUACAGAUCAAAAGUCUAGUGCUGGAUGGGCCUGCAGCUUUGGAUGGCAAGAUGGAGACAGGUGAUGUCAUAGUCAGUGUGAAUGACACCAUUGUGCUGGGCUACACCCAUGCUCAGGUUGUGAAGAUCUUCCAAUCCAUCCCAAUCGGCUCCAUGGUCGAUCUGUCUUUAUGUCGUGGCUACCCGCUGCCCUUUGACCCUGAUGACCCCAACACUAGCCUGGUGACCUCGGUCGCAAUAUUGGACAAAGAGCCUAUCAUCGUCAAUGGACAGGAAACGUUUGACCCGCCUUCCAACCAGGCCGGACCCAUUAACGGCUUGCGUGAGCCACGGCCGCACAGCCCGUCAGCCGAGGUGGCGUCUAACGGCUCACACGGCUACACCAGCGAUGUGGUCACCUUGGCCUCGUCCAUAGCCACCCAGCCCGAGCUCAUCACUAUCCACAUGGAGAAGGGAGACAAAGGUUUUGGCUUCACCAUUGCUGACAGCCUGACAGGGGGAGGUCAGCGGGUCAAACAAAUAGUGGACUAUCCGCGGUGCCGUGGCCUAAAGGAGGGAGAUAUUCUGAUGGAGGUCAACAAAAGAAAUGUCCAAAAUAUGAGUCACAACCAGGUGGUGGACCUGCUGAGCAAAUGUCCCAGAGGCAGCGAGGUCACUAUGCUGGUGCAAAGAGGAGUGGUGCCAGCCAAGAGGAGUCCAAAGCUGGUGCACCAGCUAGAAAGAAAAGACAGCCAGAGCAGCUCCCAGCACAGUGUGUGCAGUCAUCGCAGCACCCACACUGAUUCUCCCAGCCACCCACCCUCUGUCAUGCCCAGUGAGGCGGUGGUUCCCACUCCUGCUGCCCCCACCCAGCCCCUGCCAGGUCUGCCCCCUCAGGAUCCCGCAGAUGGCACCCUCACCCUCCAGAAGAAGCCAGACCCCUUUAAGAUCUGGGCACAGUCCAGGAGCAUGUACGAGAGUCGACUGCCAGAUUGCCAGGAGCAGGACAUUUUCCUUUGGCGGAAGGAUACAGGCUUUGGCUUUCGCAUAUUGGGAGGAAAUGAGCCUGGGGAGCCUAUCUACAUAGGGCACAUAGUAAAGUACGGGGCAGCAGAUGAGGAUGGUCGCCUGCGGUCGGGCGAUGAGCUCAUCUGUGUGGACGGCACAGCAGUAGUGGGCAAGUCUCACCAGCUGGUGGUGCAGCUGAUGCAGCAGGCCGCCAAACAGGGUCAUGUCAACCUCACUGUCAGACGCAAGAGCCCUGGAUAUGGAGUUUCAAAAGGAGAAGGUGAUGUCCCUCCAUCACCGGCUUCCUCCCACCACAGCAGCACCCAGGCACCGAGUCUAACAGAGGGCAAGCGGACCCCGCAGGGGAGCCAGAACUCACUCAACACAGUCAGUUCUGGAAGUGGAUCUACCAGCGGCAUCGGCAGCGGUGGCGGAGGAGGCAGCGGUAGCGCAGUAGUGCCGGCCUCCCUGCAACCGUACGAUGUGGAGAUCCAACGAGGAGAGAACGAGGGAUUCGGUUUUGUCAUCGUGUCAUCAGUUUCCAGGCCCGAUGCUGGAACCACCUUUGCUGGAAAUGCUUGUGUGGCCAUGCCCCACAAAAUAGGACGCAUCAUUGAGGGCAGCCCGGCGGACCGCUGCGGGAAGCUGAAAGUCGGGGACCGAAUACUGGCCGUUAACGGCUGCUCCAUCACCAACAAGUCGCACUCUGACAUCGUCAACCUGAUCAAGGAAGCCGGGAACACAGUCUCGCUCAGGAUCAUCCCCGGUGAUGAAUCUUCCAAUGCUUCUCUGCUGACAAACGCUGAGAAGAUCGCCACUAUCACCACCACACACACACCUCAGUCUGCAGAGUCCCGGAAUAACCCAAAGUCAAAAGGAGCUCCACCUCCUCCUCCCACACAAUCUCUGACCACACAGGAUGCAGAGUUCUACUCUGUGGACCUCGAGCGAGACAGUAAAGGUUUUGGCUUCAGCUUGAGAGGCGGCCGGGAGUACAACAUGGACCUAUAUGUGUUAAGACUGGCAGAGGACGGGGCUGCUGUAAGAAAUGGCAAGAUGAGGGUGGGAGAUGAGAUUUUGGAGAUUAAUGGUGAGAGCACAAAGAACAUGAAGCACUCACGUGCCAUCGAACUGAUCAAGAAUGGUGGUCGGAGGGCACGGCUCGUCCUCAAACGGGGAGAUGGAUCUGUACCUGAAUAUGACGGCAGCAAUGACGGGCACCCUUCCGCACCCGGGGCACAAAACACUCCGGAAGUGAGAACGCUGCCACCCAAAAGCCGAUAUCACACCUCAUUGGAGUCCAGUUAUCCACCAGAACUUCACAAACCAUCACGCCAGGAGGAGGCUGUGCGUGGCCGAGACAUGGACAGGAACAGGGACAGGGCUGGGUCAAAUCAGAUGGACUACCAAGACUGGCAAUUUAAACCCCAUCAUCAUCACACCUGGAAUAACAAUCACAGUCAAAGUUCCCCCAGACAGCAGUCUCCUGACAACAGCAACAGCAGUAGCAAUGGCAACAAGAAGAGCUGGGGCCGCAAAGUCAAGAAGUCUGAGUCGGAGAGCGGCAUCUCUAAACUCCUAAAGACUCUGAGGAAGGACAACUCGGGGAAAAAAGCUGCAGCUGCCGAGAAACUGAGGGAGCGAGAGCUCUCAAAUAGCAGUUCUACUCUGGACGGGAGAUUUCGUCCGCAGCGCCGCGGCUCCCUCGACCGCUCACCGACCCGAAAGCGCGCCUCGUCCCCUGAUCACCGGCGGGCCAAAUCGAUGGACCGCAGGGCAGAGCGAGCACAUCGAGACCGUACACCUGAGAGGGAUUACGAUGAUGGAGGGUUCCUCGCAGUCACCCCCGAUCGGAAGUACAAUGAGCGGAGGCUCCUCAAGGACUCACAGAUGACUGGGCAAGUCAGGGAGUUUACCACCCCCGAGCGCACCAACAACAAAGGGGAUUCCUUUUCUCAAGCCAGGGGCCGCACAUACGACAGAGCCACAAAGAACGGCAACCUUCUGCGAGACUCUUCCUCGGAGAGGAGAGAGGAGAGACAUCGGACAAACGGGAAAAUGGAGAGACUAUACAGAGUUGAGCGAGACUCUUCCCCUGACAGCACCUACAGCCGGGAUGAGCUGAACUAUGCAGCCGCACCAAGACUAAAAGACUACUACAGCAUGAUGAAGAACAACGCUGCACACAAUAACGCUGCCUUCAACAACACCGGCCACAACAAUAACGCAGUAGGCCGCAGCCCGAACCAGCUCCCUGAGCCCAAAAGAAGGCUGUACAAAGAAAGCCCGAAAGACCUCAGCAUCUAGAGCAGAGCAGAGAUCCCCCUCACCACUCUCUCUAUCUGUGCAAACUAUGUACCAUACACUGGAAUUGGACUUCCAAGGAUACUAACUCUCGUGCUUUAUUUGGUCGAAUGGUUUGAUUUGAUUUGAUUGACUUUACUACUUGUGAUCCCAUCCAGAGAUUCAUAAAACAGCAGGAGUACAAUCCUAUCAGUUCACACUGUUUUUGUCAUUGUUUUGGUUAUUUUGAGCAUAACAAAGGUUGUUGUACUAUAGUAAAGGUAUUGUAUGUGCCUGCAUAUGAAAUCAGUGAUAUUGCUUUUUUGUAGGCAUUGCUGGCUCUAAAUAUUUGUUCCCUCAGAGGUAUGAAACAUGCUUCCAAUUGUGGUAACUACUAAGCUUGUUUUCAACUUGUUUUUAGAUGUCUUUAUCCAUUCCUGAAUUGCUUAAAAAAAACAAAAAAAACAACUAUAGCACAAGACACUGAUGGUUCACGAGAACUGUGAAAAUGGACUUUGCAAAAAUCUAAAUGUUAAGAUUUGAUGGUGAAACUAGAAUGAUAAUUAGAUAAUUAAUAUAUGACAUUUUUGCAUUUGCUCACUAUUUAUUUUUGAUUCGGCACAUAUCUCCAGUAAGAGUCAUUCGGUCUUUUAUUAAGGACCAAGGUAAAAGUAUACAAUGUACUUGGAAAUGCAUGCAGAGGCAGUGUAACCUCUUUUGCCUAAAUACACGCUUCCAAAACUCUAACGAAUUAUGUGAAAAUUGGCAAUGCUAUUAUUAGAUUCCCCCUGGAGAAGGAUUAAGGAGGAAAAAAACUGUGUGUACUGAUGCGAUGGGAAGGAGCUCGACUCGCUUUCAGCUACAGGCAACAGUGUUCUCUGUUGUGGAAAAAUGUAAUUUCACCUUACAUGAGUCUGCAUUAUGCCAUAAUACCAGCCGAAGCUGCCAUGAAAUAUGAUUUUUGAGAUAUGCCAAAAAAAAGUAAAUAAAUAUGUAAAUUAUCCCUGUGCAAGAUGCAUGUGUAAAUUAAAAUGUAGUGUGAUCACUUUAUUUGAUGGGUCUGAGUGAGAAUAAUUGAUAAAGGAACAUGCACUGUAAUCCCACAGUAACUUUAAGCCCUGUCCUCAUGUUUAUUACAAGCACGUUUGUGCACCGACCACCUCCCGGGUACAGAGGCACAGAGCCGAUGUGGUUACGUGUGUCGGUAACAUGGAGAUUCCCGGUACAGGGGACAACUGAUCUGCCAUGCUGAGCCAUGCUGUCAUGCCACUGGAAUCUGACUGCUGCUUUUUACUGUUGUUUUGUGUGUAUUCUCUGUUUUAUGUUUCAAUUACAAACUAAAAAUAUAUUGGGAGGAGGGGGGAGAACCACAACAAAUGCAUUGUUUAAUCACCAUUGUCACCAUGGUACUGUAUUUAACAAAAAAGGAGAAAAAAAGAAGCGCAUCUGAGAAGUUAACCUGUUGGCCAUCACCUGUAAAGAUUUUUUUUCUCCAAUGUAACUACAAGGAACCUGUGGAGGAAUAAAAUGUUGCCUUUUUCUUGUACAAAAGAGAAAUUUAUGAAAACCCUCAGCAGUGAGGAAUGUGACAUUGUGUUUAUAUCUCUUAAGUGGACCUGAUGAUUUGUGGGGAAAUAUGUUGAUUUACUCUGGAUCAGGUAUGUAAAGACAUUUUAAAAUGAAAGACUGUAUGUGGUCAAUCAGAAACUGUUUAAUGGUUUGAAUCUCUCUCAAUGGUUAGCCUGCCUUUGUAUUAUAAAGCACUUGUAUGCAGUCUGUGUUCUUCAAGCAUUAUUUCUUGCAACGUGCUCCAGACAUAAUGCUGUCUCUGUGUUGAUAAAAGCAGUACAUGUAUAUGGGCCAAUCUUUUUUAUAUAACUAUGCAUAUAUAAAUACUACAUUGUUCAUAGCUUUAUUUGACCCAUGAAGCUAUACAUAACAUUAGUCAAAGUACAAGUAGAUGUGGACUUAUCCAGCUUCUUUCCUUGAGAUGGAUUACAAUGUAUAUGUAGCUAUCAAAAGAAGUCUGUGAAUGCUAUUUUUAUUAUCAAAUAAAGUUUUCCAUACAAAUUCAAAA